UGGCUGCCGCGGCAGCUGCGGGUGUUCGCCGCUCGGCAGCCUAGCCACACGGGCUCUGGCUCCUCCCAGUGGCCGGCCGGGGCGGAAGCAGGAGGCGGGGGCAGCGUGCGCGCUGCUGGUCUGCUCUCCCGCGGCGCUGGGGCCCGCGCUCCGCGGCUGCUGCUCUACUCGGCGCUUCGCAGGCAGCUAGCUGCUCUCCUCGCCUCUUGCCCGUCCGCUCCUCGACCAGGCCUUCUUCUUAGUCGUGGUCCGUGGCGUAGACCCUCGCGGCCCUCUCCCGCCCCGUCUCAUCUCUGGUCGCCGCCGCCGCGGCCCCAGCCCCGAUGGCUCUGUGCAACGGAGACUCCAAGCUGGAAAAUGCCGGAGGAGACCUUAAGGAUGGCCACCAGCACAGUGAAGGAGCCGUUGUCAUUCUGGAUGCAGGUGCUCAGUACGGAAAAGUCAUAGACCGAAGAGUGAGGGAACUGUUCGUGCAGUCUGAGAUCUUCCCCUUGGAAACACCAGCAUUUGCCAUAAAAGAGCAAGGAUUCCGUGCUAUUAUCAUCUCUGGAGGGCCUAAUUCUGUGUAUGCAGAAGAUGCUCCCUGGUUUGAUCCAGCAAUAUUCACGAUUGGCAAGCCUGUUCUUGGAAUUUGCUAUGGCAUGCAGAUGAUGAAUAAGGUAUUUGGAGGUACUGUGCACAAAAAAAGUGUUAGAGAAGAUGGAGUCUUCAGUAUUAGUGUGGAUAACACAUGUUCUUUAUUCAGGGGUCUUCAGAAAGAAGAAAUUGUUUUACUUACCCAUGGAGAUAGUGUAGACAAAGUAGCUGAUGGAUUCAAGGUUGUGGCACGUUCUGGGAACAUUGUAGCAGGUAUAGCAAAUGAAUCUAAAAAAUUAUAUGGAGCCCAGUUCCACCCUGAAGUUGGCCUUACAGAAAAUGGAAAAGUAAUACUGAAGAAUUUCCUCUACGAUAUAGCUGGGUGCAGUGGGACCUUCACUGUGCAGAACAGAGAAAUUGAGUGCAUUCGAGAGAUCAAAGAGAGAGUGGGCACAUCGAAAGUUUUGGUUUUACUCAGUGGUGGAGUAGACUCAACAGUUUGUACAGCUUUGUUAAAUCGUGCUUUGAACCAAGAUCAAGUCAUUGCUGUGCACAUUGAUAAUGGCUUUAUGAGAAAACGAGAAAGUCAGUCUGUUGAAGAGGGCCUCAAAAAGCUUGGAAUUCAAGUCAAAGUGAUAAAUGCUGCUCAUUCUUUCUACAAUGGAACAACAACUCUACCAAUAUCAGAUGAAGACAGAACUCCACGAAAGAGAAUUAGCAAAACGUUAAAUAUGACUACAAGUCCUGAGGAGAAAAGAAAAAUCAUUGGGGAUACUUUUGUUAAGAUUGCCAAUGAAGUAAUUGGAGAAAUGAACUUGAAACCAGAGGAGGUUUUCCUUGCCCAAGGUACUUUACGGCCUGAUCUAAUUGAAAGUGCAUCUCUUGUUGCAAGUGGCAAAGCUGAACUCAUCAAAACCCAUCACAAUGACACAGAACUUAUCAGAAAGUUGAGAGAGGAGGGAAAAGUAAUAGAACCUUUGAAAGAUUUUCAUAAGGAUGAAGUAAGAAUCUUAGGCAGAGAACUUGGACUUCCAGAAGAGUUAGUUUCCAGGCAUCCAUUUCCAGGUCCUGGACUGGCAAUCAGAGUGAUAUGUGCUGAAGAACCUUAUAUUUGUAAGGAUUUUCCUGAAACUAACAAUAUUUUGAAAAUAGUAGCUGAUUUUUCUGCAAGUGUUAAAAAGCCACAUACGCUAUUACAAAGAGUUAAAGCCUGCACGACAGAAGAGGAUCAGGAAAAGCUGAUGCAGAUUACAAGUCUGCAUUCACUGAAUGCCUUCCUGCUACCAAUUAAAACUGUGGGUGUGCAGGGUGACUGUCGUUCUUACAGUUACGUGUGUGGAAUCUCCAGUAAGGAUGAGCCUGACUGGGAAUCUCUUAUUUUCCUGGCUAGACUUAUACCUCGUAUGUGUCACAACAUUAACAGAGUUGUUUAUAUAUUUGGCCCACCAGUUAAAGAACCUCCUACAGAUGUUACUCCCACUUUCUUGACCACAGGGGUGCUCAGUACUUUACGCCAAGCUGAUUUUGAGGCCCAUAACAUUCUCAGGGAGUCUGGGUAUGCUGGGAAAAUCAGCCAGAUGCCGGUGAUUUUGACACCUUUGCAUUUCGAUCGGGACCCACUUCAGAAGCAGCCUUCUUGCCAGAGAUCCGUGGUUAUUCGAACCUUUAUUACUAGCGAUUUCAUGACUGGUAUACCUGCAACCCCUGGCAGUGAGAUCCCCAUAGAGGUGGUGUUAAAGAUGGUCACUGAGAUUAAGAAGAUUCCUGGUAUUUCUCGAAUUAUGUAUGACUUAACAUCAAAGCCCCCAGGAACUACUGAGUGGGAGUAAUAAACUUCUUGUUCUACUAAAGUUCCGUGUGCAGUUUAAAUUGUUUAGAAACCAUUCCCAGUAUUGAACGCAGUACUGUUAAAAGUGUUACUGGAGCAACCACAUCACAUCUGAAUUCUCUGCAGCAAAAGUCUACGGCUUAAGAGCUGAGCUGGGGAUAACUAAAAGGGACUGAAGAGUUUGUACGGGUAUAAUCAAAGCACCAUUGCCUACACUCAGACAGACUGACACUGCUUUUGCCUUUACCUCUGUCUCACUUGUUCUUUAUGUAUAAAUUCACUGUUUCUAUUGAUGUGUCUGCAAUCAAAGAUGUAUGGAAGUGGGUGAAUUUGGGGGCUGGUAGUAGACUUCUGUCCCCUUGCCAGUUUCUAAGAGAUGUUAGAAACACCAUUAUUUACCAAUGUGACUUAGUAUGUAUACCUUUUGGCGAAACUGAAUUUCCCUGUAAGUAACUUUAUUCCUCCACAAAGGGGUCAACAUAUCAGAUAAAGAUAUGGGUGGGCUGUCCCACCCACUUUUGCAGGACACUGGGACCAUAAAAUGGUAAGCUACCUUAAGAUGGAAAAGCACCAGGAAUUUGUUGAAGGACUUUGGGUUUUAUGUCAUUGCAGUCAUGGGAGGAAGGAACUGUGUAUGGUUGCCAUUUAAAAUGUUUUCACAUCAUGCUCCAUGUUGCGCUCUGUCAACCUGUUCAUUAGUAAGGAGCUUUAUCCUCCUAGUCUUAUGUUGCAAGCUCGCAUAGCCUUGUAGAGGAAGGAAUUUUCUGUUCUGUCCACAGAAGAGACUGUCUUUGGGUCUAGUGUAAAGUUCGAGCAUUUUUAUCUUGUUCGGCCAGAGUGAAGCUCUGAGAUCACAGAAACCAUCAUGCAUGCCCGCAGCUUACAGAUGCAUGCCUGCGGUUUACAUAAUCUAGUAAAGAGCUGUAAAAUGAACUCUCGGUGUAAUCUAUAGAUAUUUUUUUUAAUGCACUGCUCAGAAGAUUGUGACCUGUCUUGGCCCAUGCCAAGUAUUGCCAAACUUUGUACUCCUUUCUACCAGCUGUAAGAGAACAUUCAAGAACUGGUAUAGGACUUUUUGCCAUUGCCACCAGUUUCUAACAGAUGCUUUUAUAACAUUCAUAUAUGCACUAUAAAAAUAGACAGUACUAGAUUUGAAUUUUACAACCAUUUCUCUCUCAAUAUUUUAGUUGAUGUUACUGUUUUAAAAUGUUACCUUGUAUUUUCUCAUACGAAUUCCAUCUCAAGUUGCUGCCUCUUAUGUAGUCUUUAAGAUUUUCUGUAUUAAUCAGCUAUACAAAUUUGUUUGGAAUCAAUCCACUGUUAGAUAAAUAAUAAAAUUACGCAUGGCAGAAGUCUUCCUUUCAUUCUGGUUGGUCCAGGGUAUAAGAAAACUAUGUCCCUGGACCAGCAAGGGAAGAGCUUCUGACUGUUGUAACUUAUCUGUAUCUGAGAGAUAGCAGUAUUUGACUUCUACAAAACUUGAAGGGUUCAUUUCUCUGUCCUAACAAUGAGGUACUCAUAAUGGCCUUUUACAGAGAGGGUAUACUAGCGGCCUGGCCUUAACAGAUUUGAAGGUAUGUUAUUUUAGAGCUGAAAUAGACAGUAUAUAAAAGGCUUGUAAACCUUUGUGUUUAUGUGACAAAAGAAUUCCUCUUCUAGCAAAAGUGUCUUAUAAUUUUGUAUUCAGACAAGUAAUAGGAAUCUAGGAAGACUUUUUCCCUAAAGUAUGUUCUGUGGAACACUGUUCACUUGAAUGAACGAUGAAUAUUGAGCACCCUUCACUCAACACUGUUCCACAGAGAUAAAGGGGUAGGUGGUCGCGUAUAAUUUUGGGACGUGCUGCUCACUUGUCCUUUCAUCUUGGAGAUUUAUGGGAUGCAUUAUUUUCAAAGUUCUUAAGAAAUCUUGAAGUUAGAAACAGUUGUUGCUUUUUAUAACCUAAUUAUUCCUGAUAUUUGUUCACUAAACCCCCUUUUAUAUAAUCCUUCUUAAUAAUAAAAUUGGAAAAAUUGCUCCUC